AUGAGCCUGAGUGUAAAUUCAACAGAUUCUUCCAAUAAUUCUUCAAGUUUGGAUCAAGACCCGGAUCUUUUACUCCAAGAACUUAACGACAGAACAGCAUUAAGGUUUCUUCCGGUUAUUAUUUAUAUGGCACUACUGAUGUUAGUGGGGACAUUCGGAAAUAUUAUGGUAUGUAUUGUCUAUCUACGGAAAAGAAUUAAGAAUUCAUCGGAUUAUUUCAUCCUUAACUUGGCCUUUCUGGAUCUUCUUACAUGUGUAUUUGGGAUUCCUGUGGAAAUUGCCGACCUGCGAUAUCCAUACAUGUUCUAUGCACCAGCGGCUUGUAAACUGCUGAGAACAAUAGAAUCGUUUACAAACAUGGGUUCCACUUUAACUCUCAUAGCUAUCGCAGUAGAUCGAUAUAAACGGAUAUGCAAAUUGGGAGAGAGAUUUUCAAAUGAGAAAGCCAAGCGUCUGUGUAUCGGGGCUAUAGUUACAGUCCCUGAAACGGACUGUAUAGGUGCCAUGACCGGAUGGCCGGCCGCAAUGGUGUUCGGGAAGAAAUCGGUCGACGUGGGAAUUCCAGGGGCAAUUGCUGUGGACUGUUCCACUGCAGAUGAAAUGAGAAAGACAAUAUAUCCGCUGUUGUAUUAUGGGAUUGUUAUGCUCUAUUUCAUCAUUUGUGUUAUUUUUGUAACAUUCGUCUAUGUGCGUAUAUCAUUAUUCAUUCGAAAGGGUAAAUCAAAGCAAAAGAAAGAAACCAGGCAUGCGUUGUCACCUUUGCCCCCUAUUAGCUCUCAGCCAAUCAGCGAAGAGCAAUCAAGCGAGUCAUCUCGUCAAGGGGAAAUAAGAAUCAGCGAUAAGGACAAAACGAAUGGCGGGAGAAUGGUCAACACAAUUAAGGUCACCAGGACAACCACCAUUUUUAUUGUCGUUACUGUAGCAUUUAUUGUGAGUUAUCUGCCCUUUCUUGUUGUCAUGGUUACAAGAAACAUUAAGAAAAACUUUGAGGACAUUUUAUCUCCAGCGGCCGAGGUGUUGUAUAAGUUUUGUUUGAAGUCGUACUUUAUUAACAAUGCAAUUAACCCAAUCAUUUACAGUUUCCUUAACAGAAAUUUCAGGACAGAGGCAAUCAGGGUAAUUAAAUGUAAAUGAAUAAUUCCAAUCUUCAUUUUAUCUAUUGAUUUCCUGUGUUUUGAUUGGACGAGAACACGUUCCAGAAAAUUUUUACACAUCGAUAAAUUCUUUCAAUCAGAACUACUUUCUUGAUGACACUACUAGGUUAUCGUAUAAACAAUGAAAGCAGUUAUUUCUGGGUCUGUUCUGGCUAAAUAAUGAAUACAAGAAACUUUAAAUUUAAUUAGGGCUUAAACAAAACUGGCAACAUACUAGACUGCCUAACUGAUGGACGCCGUGAAAAUGUUUAUGUCACUGUCCGAUCACGAGUGUGAAUUUUAAAAAUCGCUGUCUCAACGUUCAUACGUAGAAAAUAAGCUCAGUCUGUAUCGUUUUGACAGGGAAAAGAAACGUACCUCAAACUCUUGCCCUAUUAGCAUCAAAUUCAUAUUUACUUUCUAUAUUGUUCCUCAAUAU